CAUCUAGAAACAAAGAAGCUUAGUUGUACUUCCGGUGUGAAAGGUCAUACCAAAAUGGCGCCGUCCAAGAAGAAACAUGCUAGCAGCAAGCCUUGUAUCAUUCCCGGAGGGUUUACAGUGCUGUCCUUACAGUUCAGCCCCGACAGUGCUGCACAACACCAGCUGUUUGUGAAGGAGCACAAAGUUCGGGCAGAGAAGAGCUCGGGCAGACCGCUGGACCGGACUUUGUUUGUCCUUAACGUCCCCCCGUACUGCUCAGAGGCUGUGGUCAAAAAGUUAUUCUCGCAGUUUGGUAGUGUUCAGUCCGUGGAGCUGAGAGACCACCCAGGCUCCUCCAAGGAGUCCGGACCCAAGCUGUCCAAGUUCUUCAGAGCAGCUGAUAAAAAGGGGUUCAACGUUGGUUACAUCGUGUUUCAAAGCUCAGCCAGUGUAUCAGCAGCUAAAUCUCACCCCCACGAUGUGCCACUGGUGGUCUGCACAGAACUGCACCCGGUGAGGACGGGUGUACAGAAAUGGAUUCAGGAGUACACACAGUCUUUCGUUCAGCCAGACAAACUGCAACAAAUAGUCGACUCCUUCAUGGAAGGCUAUGACAAGAGGAAAGAAGAGGAGGCUGAGCGGCAGAGGAAGGAGGCUGAGCAGCAGCAAGAGGAUGAAGAGGGCUGGGUGAAAGUCACAAGAGGACACAAGGGCGCCAAGGCCCGCCCUCACACUGAGGCAGCCAACCAGAGGACUCUACAGAAGGAGAUGAGGAAGAAGAAGAGGAAGGAGCUCAUGAACUUCUACACCUGGCAGCACAGAAACACACAGAAAGAGCACAUUGCUGACCUAAGGAAAAAGUUCGAGGAGGACAAACAGAAAAUAGCUCUGCUGAGGGUUCAGAGAAAGUUCAGACCUUACUGAGUCAACUACCCAGCUUUGUGUUCAUUUCACUGCUUGGUUGUAAACCUGAACAUUGUUAUUAAACUUAUUCUGAUGUA